AUGACGAAUGGUUCCAGUCGCGUAGCGGAGAAAGGACUAAUCACAAGGUCUUCUAGAGAGACAUUGUCGAAGAAAGUGGCUGCCACCUUCUCGAACACUCCGAAUCGCAAGUCCGAGCGGCUUGAGAAGAGGACACCACCGUCACCUGCGGGCAGGAUGGAUCAGAAGAGGAGUACGGAGACGCCAAGUCCGUUGAGGAGAUCUGAGAGAAGGAGGACAGCUUCUCCUUCAUAUCCUUCUCCUUCCAGGGGUUCGGGUUCCUGUUCGAGGACACCGCAAAAGAGGCAUUGUAUUGGAAAACAGUUGGUAUUUGAAGCCAGCGAGAAUGGGGACAAAGAAGACGAGGAACGUGGCGUGGAAGCUUCUUCGAGACCCAGAACUAGGAGUAUUGUGUAUGGGAUGGAUAGGUCAACUAAAAAAGGUGAUGAUGGGGGUGGAGGCAAGAUUGAUGGCUGUCUUAAAAAAGGGAAUUGUUUAGAUUCUGCCAAUGAUGAUAAGGAUAUACGGCUGCCUGAAGAUGCCACUGGUAAAAAGAUGAGAGUUGAGCCUAAGUUGAGUGAGCCAGUGAAAGAACUAUCAUGUAAUAACGCAACUGGAAAUCGAUUGAUAAAGUCUAACACUGCAAGUUGUGAGCCUUGUGGGACACCUGAAAAGGUUCAGUUUGAUUCAAGCAAAGAGGAGAGAUUGCCAAUUUUUGGGUCAUUGGAUUACGUAUCAAAUGAAAAUUUUAUUAGGAGAUGUAUUGAACAUGAUAAGGAUAAAAAGUCAAUAUCUCCUAAGAGAAAAAGAACAAUAGUGGACAUGCAUUCAGAUACUUCUACUAUGUUGGUGGACAACGACAACAACCUGAGUUUGAUUAAGGAUACUCGCCCGUCAAGGAUGUGCAGCAAUGUUGUGGAGACCAGUGGGUCAUGUUCCAAAAGGAUAAGGCCUAUUGACAUGCAGAUUUCCUUAUCAGAUGAGAAAAGAGAUUGGAGGAAAUCAACCAAUAAUGUUGAUCAGCCUUCUUCAAAAUUAUCUACUAGGAACAGGGAAGGACAGCUAAAGAGCUGUUUACAACAUAUCACUCAUGCAGCAAGAAUUAUUGUAGCUGAUGAUGUUUUGCAUGGGUGCACCAUCAGGUGCUUUUUGCUGGAAAUUCUGAAGCUCCAGUUGUUCAUGUCUUUUAGUCCUUGUUUAGUUCAACUGCUUGUGUUUGCAAUAGUAUUUCUUGGAAAAAUAGAUGGUCUAGAGUUAGUUGGAAUCUCCGGCAUUACAUGGCCAUUUGAGUUGGUGGGCAGUGCCAUUUCAGUUGCACGUUCAUUGGGACCUCAAGGAAACGCUGUAGAAACUGAGAAAAUAAGGAAACAACAGAGGAGCUUACAUCUUUUACUGAAGCCAGAGAUAGCAAAUCUUUGUCAAAUUCUGCAUCUCCCUGUGUUGUGCAAAGAAAUAGAAAUGCAAGCCCUAUCGCACAUUGAUGAUGAAGAAGUUGACAUAAUGAGAAAAUGUGAUAAGGAUGACGUGAAGAGUAUGGUUCAAAAUUGUCUUGAAUAUACUAUGAACAAUUACCAGAUCUGUACAGAACCAUUGCCAAUAUUACAGGCUUUUCAACUAUCUCUGUGUUUGACUGCUGCUGCUUUGCUAAAUCACAAACUCAACUUCGAAGCUUCCCUUUUGCUUGCAAAGCAGCACUUGAAUUUUGACUGCAAGAAAGAAGUGGUAGAUGAAAUCAAUUCAAGGCUCUGGGAUCUGAAGGAAAGUUUUUUAUUGCUCACAGGAAACUCUAACGUUGCUGGCUAUGCAAAGGCUUCUCAAUCGUCAAGUGGGGCUUCUUCAUAUAUGGAAGUGACACCAGAGGCUGAAUUGGUAAAAAUCGAUAAUUCUAUAAAUAUUAAAAGUGUACAAAAGCGUAAAAGACAGUGGAAAAAGCUACUUCUGAUGCAACGGGAAGAGAAGAUAAGGCUGAAAAAAGAUAUUGAGAAUGAAAAUACUGAAUUUCGGAGAAAGCACCAAAUAGAGUGGGAAGCUAUUCAAUCAUGUUCUCCCAAUGAUUUGACUAAUGAAGGGAAGCUUCAGUUUGAAAGUGAAUACACGAAAAGAACUAGAGAAUUGAAUAGGCAGCAAGAAAUACGUCUCAAGGAUCUUGAGGCAAAGCAAUUAAAAUCUAGGCUGAUGUUCCAGGAGUCUUUGGCACCAGAUGAAUUGUUAAACCCAGUUGGUUCGAACAAACUAGGGACUAUGGUCAAAUCCUUACAGAUUUCUGAUCGAGAUCAGCAUCAUGAUGCUUCAAAAGCCCUUGUGCCUGAUCAUGUUGCCAAAGGAAAGGGUUUCAAUGAUAUAGUAGAAGUCAUGGCAAGGACUGAAUCUGGGGUUGGAUUAUCAGAAGCUUCUGAUGCCAAUGCCUCUGUAGUUGCAUCAUGCAGUAGCACAGUUGAACUGCAAACUAGUCCAGUCAAACAUGCUGAUGCUAAUGAUAUGGACAUAGUCACUUCAAAAGAUGAAGUUUUAUCUGGAAUCAAGUGCAAUAAUAUUGUUGCAAAUGAAUAUCAAAGUCAGGGAAAUAUUAUCUCUAAGUAUUUCAAAUCCGGAGAGCGAUAUUCUGAAGGAGCUAUUAAAGUGCCAAACAAAGAGGAAGGGUGUGUAAAUUUUAGUCAUGAAUCUCAUAAUGAUUUUGGGAAUGAUCCUAUAAUGCAGGCUCUGCCUUCAUCUAAUGAAGACAUAUGUCAUGGGGACACACUAGGUGUUUGCAGUGGGGAGGUGGCUCCUUCAGUCUAUAACACUAGCAGUUCUACUAAUGAUCUUGUUGAAAUUCCUUCUUCUAGGCAAGGGGAGCUUAAUGGGAUUGUACAAAUCAGGCCUGUUUGUGGAUCGUCAAUAGAAGUUGAGGCUAAUGGUUCCAAUGAUGGUGCAAAGAAUAUGGCUGUCUUGAAUUCUCAAUCAUCCGAAGAACAUAUUCCAUAUGUAAAUACCUUGUGCGCACCAAAUUGUGAGACUACUGCACAAAUCCAUGACGCUGAUAACAAUUAUAGUUCAAAUCAAGCUGACACUCUGAACUCAUCUUUGAAUGAUGAAAGAAUUUCCUCCUGGAAUUCAAAAUCACCUCAAGAUCAUGUCCAUAAUAAAAAUGGCACAUGGGUUCUAAAUUGUGAAAAAUUUGCACGUGUGGAUGGCAAUGAUUCAGAUAAUUUUAUUCUUAAUUCUACUUUGGUUGAGAGAAAUGUUGAUAGGAACGUAGUAUUAAAUAGAGAUGCACAUGUGGGAAUACUUGAUGCUCUCAAUUUGACUUCAUCCACUGAGCAAAUAGCUCGAGAUGCCCAAUAUGUCUCAGUUUUAGAUAGUGUGUUAUCCAGACCAUGUGGAGCCAAUAUUUCUAGUAAUUGCUCUGAUGCUAAUGCUAUUAUUCUUUCAAAUCAACCUUCUACAGAGAAACAAAAUCAUCAUGGAGUCUCAUCAAGCAUAACUGUUGGACAAAUUCCAGUUGAAGUUUCAGAAACUAAUGAGAGGGCCACUUUAAAUGUAUUAGAUGGGGAGGAAGCUGUGUCUCUGUCAAUGCCCGACACAGUCAAUUAUCCUGACAAUGUAAUUCCUCAGAACUCUUCAUCCAUGGAUCAAUUACCUAAUGGAGAUCCAGUAUUAGAUGGCAAUUUAUCAUCAGGGCCUAGUACUACAAGCCCAAACAAUGGCCAGACCCUACCUGAUGAACAAGUUUCUGUCCUGGUGCCAGGAAAUAGCCAUGGGGAAGCUGAAUGUCAAUUAACACGCAAUAUGGAUAAAAGGGCCACAUUAGACCAACAGGAAGGAUUAUGUAAAACCAUGACGGAAAACAGUUUGACCCAGGAGACUCCAGUUGAUUUCAUGGAGCCUCUAGAACAAGUGCAGCCAUUGUCAUCUGUAAAGUCUCCACCUGACCUGGAUACUUCUAGAGAAAUGCAGAACAACGUAGUAUCUAGUCCUGUUGAUGUUGUACCAGAUAAUCAAUCCAUUAGUGAUUCACCGGUCAUGGAGCCUCCAAAAGAGGUGCAAUUUCCUUCUGCAGGUGUCCCCUCUUCCAACCGGGACCUAUGUAACUUGCCUUUGAUGAGCAGAACUGAAGACCAUCCAUACAAUGAAGAUGAUCUCCUCAACCACACUCCUGGAACAUUAAUUGAGAUUCAAAAUCAAGCUAUUGUGCAACACCCCUCAAAUUCAGACCAGCAGGAAGGAGUAUGUAGAAACAUGAGCAGAAACAGUUUGUCCCAGGGGACUCCAGUAUCUAGAUCAGUUGAUGAUCUCAUGGAGCCUGUAGAACAAGUGCAAACAUUACCAUCUUUAGAGUCCCCAGAUGACCGGAAUACUACAAUAGAAAUGCAGAACAGUCUGGUAUCGAGUUCUGUUGAUAUUGUACUAGCUAAUUUAUCUAUUAAUGAUUCACUGGUCAUGGAGCCUCCCGAGAAGGAGGGGCAGUUACCUUCUGCAGGUAUCCUUCCUUCCAAUCGAGACCUAUCUAACUUGCCUAUGGUGACUGGAACUGAAAACCAGCCAUCCAAUGAAGAUGAUGAUUUCCCCAACCACACUCCUAAGACAUCAAUUGAGAUUCAAAAUCAAGCUGUUGGGCAAUGUACCUCAAUUGCGGAACAUGAUUCAUGUUGUCAAGUUGUACAUCCAGCCUCAAAUAUGGACUUUGUUUCACUUAUGCUUGCUGGAGUCAGACAACAGUCUUCAGACACAAGAAAUUUGUCAACUCUCCCAGAGAUUAAUCAUCAUCCUAUACAACCAGCAAGCCAAUCAGAUUCCAGGAUACAUUUUCCCCAUGAUCUACUUAACUAUGAAUUGGAAAGACUACAUAAACAGACAGAGGAAAAUAUUAAAAAUUAUGCAAAAAAGCAGCUAUCCCAGUUGAAAGUUGAUUUGGCUAAGGACCUCGAGAAAGUUACCAGGAAGUAUGACAUUAUACGUAAGGAGAAUGAGGCUGAAUUACAGAAAGUAACGACGGACCUGGAUAAACAAAAUAGCAUAGUUCAUGUAAAUAUGAAAUUGGCAGAGGCUUGGGCUAAAUUCAUGGAUGAUGAUCUAACUGGUACGUUAAGAUUGCAGAAAGAUACAAGUUCUGUACAGCAAUUAUUUCAGCGUGCAAGUCCGCAAAAUGCCACUCGGCCCAAUAUGGUUGCUAGUCCAUCUACUUGUGGGCAUCCUGCAGCAAGCUUGCAGAGUUUCUAUGCCACAACUACCUCGCAGACUACGGUACCACCAAUACAAGCCACGUACAAUACUCCUGGAACAUUCUCCAUUGCUUCUUCAAGAUUACAACGUAUCAACUCCCUCUCUUCACCCUUGGGAGAUCUUCAAACUGGUGGGGAGAUACGUGCCCCUGCACCACAUCUCCACCCUUAUAGACCCACAACAUCCCUCCCAGCCUCCAAUCUCUGUACAGCUCUGCAUGGGAGACCAAGUCUGCCUGCACCCUGUAAUGGUCCUGUAACUUCUCCCCCAUUUUCUCACCAGACACCCCAGCCAACACCAGCAGCACCCUUUCCUUUUCAUGGCCAUUGGCCAGUGAGUACAGGUGGUUCAUCCUCACCUAAUUUACCUGCCAUUAAUACUCCCUCUAAUGCUAACAGUCAACAUGGUAUAUAUCUGCCAAAUGUUCCGCCUCAUAUGCCAGAUUUUGCUUCGGCGAACAGAUCUAAAUAUUUCAAAAGUAGUAGUACGUCGGCUACAUCACCUGAUGUAGUCUGUUUAUCAGAUGAUGAAUGA